GGACCAGGUAUGGUCUUGCUUUGACAUGAGAAGGAAGACCUGGUCUAUACUAGGUUUUGUAUCAAGACAGAUAUAUAAUUCCCCUUUACGGACAGGUGGCCGUGAAGCUCAUUAUUAAACUAAUCCCAUUUUUGUGUCUUCUACCUGUAAUUGCCGGUGCAUCAUCCACCUCUGCUUGCGCGUCUGAUCCUUUAUAUAUCCACCAGUUUAUCCUGCUUGUUAAUCUAAACAGAGGGUAGAGUUGGUUCCUAAAAAUGGAGUUUUCAGUUUGAUAGUUUUUCUUCUCCUUUCUGGGGCUUCCUGUUGAGUUUUUUAUUUAAGCAAUUGCGAAAUGGGUUCUCUCUAGUUUCGAGCUCUUUCUUGUCCUGCAUCUCUUGCCUUCUUCCUCAUACAGUGAGAUUGUUUGGAUCUGUUUUCAUCAUAUCCGUAGAACUAAAACCAUGGGUGAGGACUUAGGGGUGCUAAAAGUAGUGGUUGUGCAAGGGAAAAAGCUCGUUAUCCGGGAUUUCAAGAGCAGUGAUCCUUAUGUUGUCGUGAAGCUAGGUGAUCAGACGGCAAAGACAAAGGUUAUCAACAGUUGCCUUAAUCCAGUCUGGAAUGAAGAGUUAACUUUCUCCCUCAAAGAACCUGUUGGAGUUUUAAGUUUGGAAGUGUUUGAUAAAGAUCGUUUCAAAGCAGAUGACAAGAUGGGGCAUGCUCGCCUUAGCCUUCAACCAGUUGUCUCUGCCUCUAGACUUAAGCAGAUUCUACGAGUAUCCUCUGGUGAGACAACGUUAAGGAAGGUUGUCCCAGACACUGAGAACUGUCUUGCGAGGGAAAGCACUAUUAGUUGUGUAAAUGGUGAGGUGGUGCAGAAUGUUUGGUUAAGGCUCUGCUCAGUAGAAUCUGGGGAGAUAGAACUGAAGAUAAUGCUAAUCAAUCCUCCUGGAAAAGCUUGAAGAUAGUGCAGAAUCUGACGAUUGGGGAUUGAAGGGUUAAUUUGUGUUGUAAUCUAGUCUUCCCUUUGAUGUAUCCCCUCCUUAGAUGUUCCAAGUAGAUUUGUAUUGUAGUUUUGUUUGUAACGGCAAGCUUUUAAGCAAUGUAGCUUGCUGUCUCAAGAUGAAUGAAGAAAACGUUGUUUCCUCUCAGCUUCUGUAAAUUAUUUCUUCCAAU